AUGUCUUCCCAAGCUGCCCACCCUACCCUUCUUAUUCCUGGCCCCAUCGAAUUUGAUGAUGAUGUUCUUAUGGCGUUGUCUCAUCCUAGUGAGAGCCAUGUCGGUGCACCCUUUGUAAAUGUAUUCGGCGAGACAUUGUCGAUGCUAAGGCAACUGUUCUUGAGCACCGAUCCCUCAGCGCAGCCAUUCGCUGUUUCUGGAUCUGGGACAUUGGGGUGGGAUUUCGUGGCGGCAAACUUGGUGGAGAGGGGAGAAGAUGUCUUAGUCCUACACACAGGAUACUUUGGCGAUUCAUUCUCCACCUGCUUUGCUACCUAUGGCGCAAACCCUACUCAACUAAGAGCUCCCAUCGGCUCCCGUCCCUCUCUCGCCGAGAUUGAAGCAGCGUUAAAAGAAAAGUCUUACAAACUUAUCACUAUCACUCACACCGACACAUCAACCGGUGUCCUUUCAGAUGUCAAAGCUAUCGCCGAGCUGGUACAUAGGGUUUCACCGGAUACACUUAUCAUAGUGGAUGGUGUAUGUUCUGUCGGUUGCGAGGAGAUCCGCUUCGAUGACUGGGGCAUCGACGUUGUUCUCACUGCAUCGCAGAAGGCAAUUGGUGUUCCGGCUGGACUGUGUAUACUCAUGGUCAGCGGGAAAGCAAUUGAAAGAUUCAACAAUAGAUCAACUCCACCAAGCUCAUACUUCGCAUCUUUCGCAAACUGGCUACCAAUAAUGCGUAAUUACGAGGCUAAGAAACCUUCUUACUUUGCCACUCCCUCUCCUCAACUCAUCCGCGGUCUUUACACAUCCCUCAAGCAAAUUACCUCCAUUCCCAUGGAAGAGCGAUUUGCGAAGCAUAAAGAAGUUAGUGGAGUAAUUAAGAAGGCCAUCGGUGAAAUGGGACUGAAGCAACUUGCCGAAAGUCCCGAGUGCCAGGCGAAUGGUAUGACGGCUAUAUACCUACCUGAGGGUGUGGGUGCGCCAGAUCUUUUACCAAAGCUAUUGGCAAAGGGUGUUAUCUUCGCAGGAGGUCUGCACAAGGAGAUUGCGACUAAAUAUUUUAGAUUUGGGCACAUGGGUGUGAGUGUUAUGAAUGGGGAUUUGGGACAUAUCAACAAGGCACUGGAUGCCCUUAGAGCGAGUUUGACGGAGGCUGGUUAUAAAUGUUAA